AACCCGGGAAGCCGCUGCUCCGAGCCCGCAGCUCCUGCGCGGGGAACAGCACCAAAUCGCGGGCGGCGGGGGCGCCGAGGGGGCUGUGACCUCGGCGGGCAGAGCUGAGCGUGAGUGUCUGCGGGUGAGCGCGAGGCUGCACCCUUGCUCGGCGCGGACCCCGCCAGCUGGCCUCAGUUCUCCGCAGCCCGGGAACCUCCCCGCCUGCGCCCCGGGGCACGCGCGGCAGAGCCAUGAACACCAACGAUGCCAAGGAAUACCUGGCCCGGAGGGAAAUCCCGCAGCUUUUCGAGAGCCUUUUGAAUGGACUGAUGUGUUCAAAGCCUGAAGACCCAGUAGAGUACUUGGAAAGUUGUUUACAGAAAGUGAAAGAACUGGGUGGCUGUGACAAGGUGAAAUGGGACACAUUUGUUAGCCAGGAAAAGAAGACCCUACCCCCACUCAAUGGGGGACAAUCACGGAGGUCCUUUCUAAGAAAUGUAAUGCCUGAAAAUUCAAACUUUCCUUAUCGGCGUUAUGAUCGUCUCCCUCCAAUCCAUCAAUUUUCCAUAGAAAGUGACACGGAUCUCUCUGAGACUGCGGAAUUAAUUGAGGAGUAUGAGGUUUUUGAUCCUACUAGACCUCGACCAAAAAUCAUUCUUGUCAUAGGUGGUCCAGGAAGUGGAAAGGGUACUCAAAGUUUGAAAAUUGCAGAGCGCUAUGGAUUCCAAUAUAUUUCGGUGGGAGAAUUAUUAAGAAAGAAGAUCCACAAUACCAGCAGCAAUAGGAAAUGGAGUCUUAUUGCCAAAAUAAUUACAACUGGAGAACUGGCCCCACAGGAAACAACAAUUACUGAGAUAAAACAGAAAUUGAUGCAAAUACCUGAUGAAGAGGGCAUUGUUAUUGAUGGAUUUCCAAGAGAUGUUGCCCAGGCUCUAUCUUUUGAGGACCAAAUCUGCACUCCUGACUUGGUGGUAUUCUUGGCUUGCGCCAAUCAGAGACUCAAAGAAAGAUUGCUGAAGCGCGCAGAGCAGCAGGGGCGGCCUGACGACAAUCUGAAAGCUACCCAGAGGAGAUUAAUGAACUUCAAGCAGAACGCAGCUCCAUUAGUGAAAUAUUUCCAAGAAAAGGGGCUCAUCAUGACAUUUGAUGCUGACCGAGAUGAAGAUGAGGUAUUCUCUGACAUCAGCAUGGCAGUUGACAGCAAGUUAUUUCCAAACAAAGAGGCUGCAGCAGGUUCGAGUGACCUUGAUCCUUUGAUGAUGUUGGACACUGGAGACAUUAUUGACACAGGGUCUGAUUAUGAAGAUCAGGGUGAUGACCAGUUAAAUGUCUUUGGAGAGGACACCAUGGGAGGUUUCAUGGAGGAUUUGAGGAAGUGUAAAAUUAUUUUCAUGAUUGGUGGCCCUGGAUCCGGCAAAGGCACACAGUGUGAAAAACUGGUGGAAAAAUAUGGCUUUACAUACCUCUCAACUGGUGCACUCCUGCGUAAUGAGCUGGCAACAGAAUCUGAAAGGAGCAAAUUGAUCAGAGACAUUAUGGAACGUGGAGACCUGGUGCCCUCCGGUUUCAUUCUAGAGCUCCUGAAGGAGGCCAUGGUGGCCAGCCUCAACGACACCAAGGGCUUCUUGAUUGACGGUUAUCCUCGGGAAGUGAAGCAAGGGCAAGAGUUCGGACAUAGGAUUGGAGACCCGCACUUGGUGAUCUGUAUGGACUGCUCGGCGGACACCAUGACCAACCGCCUUCUGCAGAAGAGCCAGAGCAGCCCUCGUGCGGGCGACAGCACCACCACCAUCGCCAAGCGCCUUGAAACCUACUACCGAGCGUCCAUCCCGGUGAUCGCCUACUACGAGACGAAAACUCAGCUACACAAGAUAAACGCAGAAGGCACACCAGAGGAAGUCUUUCUUCAACUCUGCACAGCUAUUGACUCUAUUUUCUGAAGGCAACAAUGCAGAGGAGAGUGGAGACAGAAAAAUACUGAAAGGUUCAUCCCUUAAACAGUUAUGUUUCAAAUUAAUCCUUCGUGUCCCCCCAAUCCUGACAUCGCUAUUUGCUCCCUAGCUUGCCCUGUCUGAGAGGGGUCUGGAAAUCAUGCAUGGUGUAUUGGUAUUAUCCAACUUUUUCUUCAUAAUUCAGAGCUACCUGCACUCACUGCACACUUUUCUAUAUAAUGUAGGUUGUGCCAGAGCUAAGCUAGUGUGUGAAUCGCCGGUCCUGUCGGUUGUGACCUCAAGACUUGCUAGAGUCUGAUUAUAUGGUUCUACUCUUUUAUCAGUUAGAUAGCGAUGCUAACUCUCUAUGAUAUCUUCCUUCCUCUCCCCAAGAUUUAUAUGCUGUUGUCUGAUGAAGGCCCUUAAUGUGUGUUUUGUGUUUGGGGGUGGGAGGGGUAGGCAUAGGCAUCUUCUUCUGGUGGCUAGUAGUCACCUUGACACCCAACAACUAGUCACUCAGAGCCAGAAACUGGGUUGACAAUGCUGUUGGUAAGAAAUUCGAUAAAAUUUUAACAAAUUUGCUAAGAAAUUUAAUGUGAGGUUGCAUAGCUUUUGCAAGACAGAAAAACCCAACUAGACAUCAAUAACAUUUUGAGGGAACUAAAAUAUGAAUAUUGUCAUAUGGCAAAGAGAAUAAAUUGGAUAAAUUGACCUACUGUCUCCUAAACCUAGUGGUGCAUUUCCACAAUUAUAAAUUAAUACCAAUAACUAACUGUAAAUGAAAAGCAUGAGGUGAUUUGCUAUUGCACUCAAGGAACAAAUGUCAAUUCGUAAUUUCAAUUAAAUCACCUGUUUACUCACUAUUGUUGUCAAGUUAUAAAACUGAUGUGAUGGGAGGGGCAUAUCAGUACAUACUGCGUAACAGAUUCCGAUGUUGUAUGUUUUACAAGGGCCUUUUUCAGGGGUUUGCAGACCUCGUCAUACCUGUAUGUAAAAUUGUGUCUCUUUGCAUCAAACCAGUGAAGUCUAGGUUCUCUUUUGUGUUAUCAGUUGCCAGAUCAGAGCUUCUUAUAUAUUCUACUGAACUAAUUGCAUCUUCCAUUCAGUCACUACAAAAUUCAGUUUCAGUUUGCAUGAUUUUUUUUUUAAAUGGUUGUGCAGGCAAGGAUCCAUUUCUGGGACAGAAUUGUAUUUUUAAAGUCUUUUUUUUUUUUUCUUGAAAUGGAUAUGUACAAAUAAAAUAAAUGGAACACAGGAUAAGUUUUUCUAUUUAUUUGUAAUUCACAUCAUUCUGGAAAGCAUUUGAAGCCUUAUUCCAAACAGAAUGAGAAGCAAACACAGUAAUAGUUGAGAUUUAUGAUAUGCUCAUAUGGUUUUAAUUUUGGCAAGAAAUCAACUUCGAACUAUUACAAAGAGAACUCUCAGUGUAAUCAUGAUACAUGGUAAUUUUCAUAUUUCCUUUUUCUCUAGCAGUCAUUCUGGAC